GGCGGUCACUUCGGCAACAGCCACUCAGCUCAGCCCGGCCUGGCCUGGUCUCAGGGCUGCGACAAUGAACAGGGAUCAAGGCCUGUCUGCUCCGUUGACAGUUUUUGAGCGUGUGUGCGAGCGGGUGAGGGGGCUGUGAAGCGAAGGCACGGCUGUGAGCCUGGGUCAGGAGGCGGGGAUGCACAGUCCACUCCGGAGUGACUGCAACGCAUCAGCACCACUUCGACUUUCCCAGUCGAUCCAGUCACACCGCCAAAAAAAAUACACCCAGUUUGGUGAUCACGUUAGAGGCCUAAAUGUGUGCUGAUUUGAAGAGGCCAGUGAAGUGCGAAAGAUCAGAAGAAUUUGGAGUUCAGUACUAGGAAUUCAACCUUGAGAAUAAGGCAAAAUGGUUGCCCAUCAAUCAGACCUUGGUACAAAUGGAAUCACACCGAUCCAACAAAUGAUAGCUUCAUGUUCUGGUGCUUUAAUGACUUCAUUCAUUGUUACUCCAUUUGAUGUUAUAAAAAUACGGCUGCAAGCACAGAGAACUCCAUUUCAUAAAGGAAAAUGCUUCCUGUACUGCAAUGGCCUGAUGGACCAUUUAUGUGUCUGUGAGAAUGGAAAUAACAUCGCUUGGUAUAAAGCACCAGGACAAUUCAGAGGAACAUUGGAUGCAUUUGUUCAAAUUGUUCGUAAUGAGGGACUAAAGUCACUCUGGAGUGGACUUCCUCCAACAUUAAUAAUGGCAGUGCCUGCAACAGUAAUUUAUUUCACUUGUUAUGAUCAAUUACGGGCCUUUUUGAAGUACCAGCUAGAAUAUGAUGGCAUCUAUAUUCCAUUGAUAGCCGGAGCUUCAGCUCGUGUGGGUGCAGUUACUGUCAUAAGCCCCUUGGAACUAAUCAGAACAAAGAGUCAGUCUCGUAGGCUGACAUAUAACGAGCUGGGUAGUGUUGUUCGGAUUGCAGUAGCGCAAGAUGGCUGGCUGUCCCUCUGGAGGGGCUGGGGUCCCACAGUACUCAGAGAUGUGCCAUUCUCAGCAAUUUACUGGUUUAAUUAUGAACUGAUGAAGAGGCAGUUAUGCAAGAAAUACAAUGUCAGUGAACCUACACUAACGAUCAGUUUUUCCUCAGGAGCAUCAUCAGGCGCAAUUGCAGCUGUAUUGACUUUACCAUUUGAUGUGGUGAAAACUCGCAGACAGAUUGAACUUGGAGAGCUGAGCAUGUUGAAGCCUCGAAAAGCCUUAACCUCCACCUGGAAAAUAAUGGAAGGCAUUGUUCGUGAGUCAGGUUUUGGAGGUUUAUUUGUUGGUUUGUUGCCUCGAUUAAUGAAGGUAGCACCAGCUUGUGCUAUUAUGAUCAGUUCCUAUGAAUAUGGCAAAUCCUUUUUUCGUAAAUUAAACAGAGAACGGGAGCUAAAAACAGGCUGAAAGUCGGACAUCAGCUGAGAAAAUCCACACAGUCGAGUUUGAAGAAGAAAUCAAACGUGGAGACUCAUUUCUGGCCAAAUUUUGUACCUAAGUUAUAGACAAAAUUUUCAAACGUAGCCUACUCAUUAUUAUAGACAGGGAGACCUUGGAACAUCAAACAUUUCAUGAAUGGACAGGAAUUACUUGUAGAACACUUUUUCUGACUCUGUUUCCAGUGUCUAAAGUCACUGUAAAAUGUGUUUGCCAUUGUGGCUCAAAUUCCAAAGGUAUAGAAAUAAUGAGAUUUACGUGAAGGAAAAACAAUGGGAACAGUUUACCUGUUUAGUAUUGUAAAAUUAAUAGCUCUAUGUCAGUGAAGAUUCACAACCUCGGGAGGUAAGAAAUGGAUAUUAAAGUUGUAUCUUGUCAUAAUCAGAUGUUUAAAAUACCAUUGUAGAAAUUUGAAGUGCAAUACUAACAUAGAAAAUAACCUAUCCUACUACUAGAUAUAUGUAAACAAUGAAAUCCACUGCCAGAGCAAACGAUGAUGAAAAAUGGGCUGGUGAGAUUGUUGUGAUUAUUUCAUUUGAACAGUCAGUUUAUUGCAAUGAAGAUUAUUUUCUGAAAACAGAGUCCAGUAAAUAUUAAUUUGUGAAAUUUUGUUUAUGUUGAGAAAUGUGAUUUGUUGGUGUCUGAUAUAUGUCUGCUUUUUUUUUAAAUAAACAAACACUGCACAUCUUA